AUGUCUAGUAAACGACAUGGAAGCAAUCAAAAGAAGAGACCAGCAUUAGGUCAACAGUUUGAUAGCUAUCGUCAGAUACGACAGCGUCCCACAGACGAAGAUCCUGCAGUCACAGAUGUAACUCAGGGUAUAAGUGCUAUUUCUACUACAAGCGGAGCACAGAUCACCGAAGCAGCAUACCAUAGCCAAGGAAGUUGGCCGCCUCCACCGCCUGGGGCGGAUGUUACUGUGAGAAGUUCAGGUGGUUACGGUGACAAUAACCCUAGUUAUCAGUCUAGCCAACAGCCUGGAUAUCCCUCUUACCAACAGUCAAGCCAACUGCCUGCAUAUUACGCCUACGAAUACGAACUGUCAAGCCAACUGGCUGAAUACUCUCACCAACAGUCAAGCCAACAGCCUGGAUAUAACUCCUACCGACUGCCUGGGUAUCACUCAAGCCAACAGUCAAGCCAACUGCCUGGGCAUCAGUCUUCCGCAAAUGCGAGAUUACCUGUUGACAAUACUACUUCGGGCCCUCCACCUAUGGAUCCUCCAUCUAUGGGCCCUCCACCUACGGGCCCUCCACCUAUGGGCCCUCCACCUAUGGGCCCUCCAUCUAUGGGUCCUCCAUCUAUGGGCCCUCCACCUUUGGGCCCUCCACCUUUGGGCCCUCCACCUUUGGGCCCUCCACCUUUAAAAGAUGGUCGUCUUAUGGGUAUGCCUAAUAUAGAACCUCUUGGUAAUGAUAUUUUAUAUCUCAUAACGUUAUUCAACCGGGGAAGGCCGCGCGAUGCCAGGACGUUUUGUUUACAGCGGCUCGUAAAGGCUAACGUAGGGCCUGCAGGUGAAAACCACAGGUGGGAAGAAUUGAGUGGUGGCGGUGAAGUCAGUGGUGGUGAAGUCAGUGGACCGAUGGAAUAUUUUGCUAGACCGGGCGUCCACACCAAUCACCAGAAAUACGGUUUCCCGCGGUCUCUUGGGGUCAUUCUUACUAGUUCUAGAAAGGCAAAGGUGUUUUUUUGGGAGUUUGGGGCCCACCGCUGGGGUCACAGUCUCACCCCAGCUCUUGAAAACGCUUAUGAUGAGUUGCUUCGUGAAUCUGACACAAACGUGCUUUCAUCUCAAAUUUCACUGCAAGUCUUGCUUGGGAUGAGAAAGAACGCGACUGGUCACCCUAAGACCCAGGUCAUGAACUUUCUAAAUCCUGCCAACCUGAAAAAAAUAUCCUUGGAUGAGAUUGACUUUCACAACGAAAAUAAUUUGGUCACACCUCUAAUGGACAUAUCUAAUUUUGGGUCGGAAAAAGAUAUUCAAAUAAACCUAUUUCCAUUUCUUACAUCGACGAAUAAUGAAUGGGGAUGGCGCCUUACAACCCAAGAACCAGGUCGUUUAUUCACCCACGUCCAAGUUGAAACAUCAUGGGAUGAAGCCAAUAUGACUAGAGAGACGAGGACUGUGACUGCCAUUCAUUCUUUUGCCAUACCAGCCCGACCGUCAAAUAGGUUAUUGUAG